CUCACCCAGCUCGGCAAGAUGGCAGUCGGCAAAAAUAAGCGGCUGACCAAAGGUGGCAAAAAAGGUGCCAAGAAGAAGAUUGUUGACCCAUUCUCAAAAAACGAUUGCUAUGAUGUUAAGGCACCAACAAUGUUCAACAUUCGUAUCCUGGGGAAGACUCUGGUCACCAGAACACAGGGAACCAAAAUCGCCUCUGAUGGGCUCAAGGGUCGUGUCUUUGAGGUGAGCCUUGCUGACCUGCUGAAUGAUGAAGUGGCUUUCCGUAAAUUCAAGCUGAUUACUGAAGAUGUCCAGGGCAAGAACUGUCUAACCAUGGCAUGGAUCUGACCCGUGACAAAAUGUGCUCCAUGGUCAAGAAGUGGCAGACAAUGAUUGAGGCCCAUGUUGAUGUGAAGACCACAGAUGGCUAUCUG